CACCACCUCCUGCCGACCAUGAGCGCCACGUCAGCCGACGUAGUGGAGGUGGAGAGCUCAGCACAUAUCCAACUCGCUUUCUGUGAGCCACUGGCUCACCCUGAUCUCGUCACCCGUGGGUUCUUUCCCCAUAAGGUCGGCGGCGCUCCGGCGUGGCUCGACCCGGCCGCCACGCCUGCUGCCGAUGCGCUCUGCUGCGGCAACUGCGGGAAGAAGAUGGCGUUCAUGCUGCAGAUCUAUGCCCCUCGCCGCAACGUUGCCGCCGCCUUUCAUCGCGCCCUGUAUGUCUUUGCCUGCAAGGCCGGAGGAUGCAACGAUGCGCCCGGCGCCCAGGCUGUGGUCCGGAGCCAGCUCCCACUGGCCAACCCGUACUACGUGGCGGACAUGGCUGAUGCCCGCGAUGGGCCCGAGGGCGAGUUGAACGCUGCUGUGCUGACGCCUGACGAGCUCGAGGGCAAAGUCUGUCUCAUCUGCCGCGCUGUCCCGGCCAAGCGCUGCGGCAAGUGCUCCGCCGUCGCCUACUGCGGCCGCCAUCACCAAGCCGACGACUGGGCCCGCGGCCACGCCGCCGAGUGCGGUACGCUGGCCGGCGCAAGCUCAUCCGCCGCAGAUGGUGGCCACAUUGUCGUCGCCGAGCGCUCAGGUGUCUCGCCGUUUGUCUUUCCCGAACACGAGCUUGUCAUGGAGGCCGAAGAGGACGUCGCCGCCGACGCCGCCGUCGACGAGCCGUCGGACGAUCUGGUUGCGGCUACCACGUCGGCCAUUCGUCCGCGCGAUGUCGAGAAGCGCCAACACCUCGAGCGCCUCAUCGCCGAGUAUGAAAAGGAAGAGGCCCGGGCCCGCAAGCGUGGCGAGCCAGCUCCGCUCGACAAUGAUGCUGGCGACGACGGCGCUGAGCCGGCGCCCAACUCGGUCGAGGCUGCCAUCGCAGACCUUGUGGGCCACCAGGACUUUGUCUACAACGCCUUCAAGGACCGCACCUCUAUCGCCCCCGACCAGGUCCUCCGCUACUUUGUCGACGACGCCGACGAGCCCUCGCCGGCCCUCGCCGCCGACCGCGAGCCGCUGCCCGUCUCUGGCGACGAUCCGCUGCCCGUUCCCGAGGACGUCCCGCCAUGCGGCGCCUGCGGCGCUCCGCGUGUCUUUGAGUUCCAGAUCCUCCCACAACUUCUCUUCUACCUCCUCCACCCAGACCUUGAGGCCGGAGACGGCUUUAUCGACUUUGCCAACAUUGUCGUCUACACCUGCUCCGCCCACUGUUCGCCAUACGCCUCUAUCGACGCUUCCCACGCCACCCUUACCGCUGCCGACUCCCACAACGGCGCCUAUCUUGUCGAGCACGUCGUCCGCCAGAGGUCCAUGGCCCACUCUGCCAUCCGCACCUACUGCCGCAUCCGGCCAUCACCCGGGCGAGCCAGCAGUCUCUACUCUGUCGACGCCCUCGACAAGCGCCUCCGUGUCGCCGUCCCGCGGGUGGCUGACCCUUCUGCGCCACAGAACCUCCGAGAGACGUACGAGUUUGGCUUUACCGACAUCCUGGACGCAGAUACCAAGCAAGAUGAAGUGUUUGAAAAGGUGGCGGCCAAGUCUGUCAAGCAUGUGCUCGAGGGCUACAACGCUACCUUGUUUGCCUACGGUCAGACUGGCUCGGGCAAGACCUACACCAUGACCGGAGGGCCAGAGUCGUACGCUGCCCGUGGCAUCAUUCCGCGCGCCCUCUCGCUCCUCUUUGACUCGUUUGCCGACGAUCCUACCACACACUACUCGGCCCACAUCUCGUACUUGGAGAUCUACAACAACACCGGGUACGAUCUGCUCAAUCCCACCCGCGAGUCGACCUCGCUGGAGGAUCUGCCGCAGGUCGUGGUCCAAGAGGCCGAGAACGGCGCCAUUCUCCUCCGCAACCUCUCGGCUCAUCAGGCCAACUCAGAGGAGGAGGCGCUCAACCUGCUAUUUCUCGGCGACACCACCCGCAUGAUCGCAGAAACCCCGCUCAAUGACGCCUCGUCACGCUCGCACUGUAUCUUCACCGUCGCCGUCACCGCCUCCAAAGACGGCGAGGACACCGUCCGCGCCUCAAAGCUCCACCUGGUUGAUCUUGCCGGUUCCGAGCGCGUCGGCCGCACCGGCGUCCAGGGCCAGCUCCUCACCGAGGCCAAGUACAUCAACGUCUCGCUCCAUCACCUCGAGCUCGUUAUCAUGGCCCUCCGCGAGCGCGCUACAAAGGGCCGCAACCACAUCCCCUAUCGCAACUCGAUGAUGACCACCGUUCUCCGCGACUCGCUUGGCGGCAACUGCAUGACUGUCAUGAUUGCCACCCUCAACUUUGACGAGCCGUGCCUCCUCGAGUCAAUCUCCACCUGCCGCUUCGCCUCGCGCGUCGCGCAAAUCACAAACACCGUCCGCAUCAACGAGGAGCUCAACCCAGACGUCAUCAUCAAGCGCCUCAAGGCCGAGGUCCGCCACCUCAAGGAGGAGCUUGCUCUCGCCACAGGCCGUGAUGCCGACCGCGGGCCCAUCACAGACUCGGAGCGUGCCCGCGUCGCCGCUGCUGUCCGCGCCUACAUUGCAGACACCUCGCCUGACGCCGCCCUUCCCUUUGUCGAAAUGAUCCUCAUCCGCGAAGCCUACGCCGUCUUCAAGUCGCUGGCCCUCCAGCCCGGCGCGGGUGCUCUUCCAUCGGCAAGCCCUGCGCCGAGCAGCGCCCCGCACGACGCCCACCUCGCCGCCAAGUACCGCAAACUCAAGGGCGUGCUCAAGCAGCGUGACGCCGAGAUCGAGAUCCUUAUGGGCAUGGUCGAAAAGGCCAAAGCAGAGCCUGUCCUCGCCUCGGCCGCCCGAUCUUCGGCAGAGGCCACCACCCAGACCCCGGCUCUCGGGUACUACAACUCGCGCUCUGCCGUCACCUCGGGUCCUUCGCCGCCGUCCGCCGCCGCCCACCCCGCCACCACCAAGGCCGACGCCGAAAAUUCCGCCCCGGUGCAAGCCGUGCGCGUCGACCUCCCUUCCAGCGAGCCUGAGCCUGAGCCAAGCUCCGAGCCGGCCCUGCCCUCACGCGACGAGGCCUUUGAGGCGUUUAAGGCCUCGUAUGCUAACACCGAGUGGCUCGCCUCCAACCAAGAGCUGCUCAAGGACAAGUACGCCGAGGCCAAGGCGCUCGGCGAAGAGGUUAACGCCUCGCGCCAGUCCAUCAACGGUGUGAAGGCCAUGAUCGAGCAGCUCCGAGUCGAGCGCGCUAUGCAGGGCAUCCUCGACGACGACGUCCACCCCGACGCGCCCAACACUUCGGCGCCCGACUCGGAGGAGGCUCGCCUCAAGGUCGCCGUCGAGAAGGAAAAGGCAAAGUACAAGCGCGCGUUCUACAAGCUCAAGGAUCUCCGCCGCGAGAUCGAGCACCUUCAGCUGCUGAUGGAGAAGAACCGCGUCAAGAUGUCGCAGGACUUUGAAGUCUACUACCUUACCCUCGCCACCCGCGCCCAGGCCGCCUCGCAUCCCGCCUCGCCGUCGCAAGCCUCGCGGGCCUCGCCCACUCCCCCGCCCACCUCGCCGCUCCCGCUCACCGGCAACAAGGAGGCCGAUGAUGAGAUCCUGCGCUACCAGGCCGCCCGGGAGAAGCUGCUCCGCGCCCAAGGCAAGCUCCCGCGCGCAUAGUGCCUGUCCACCUCUUUAUUGCUUUACAUCCUCAACGAUGCUGGACCAACGAGAGGAACGUGUUCCACCCCACAGAGACAAAGACAGAGACAAUGAACCGGUAUUGCAUCG